AUGACAAAACUCAUCAGUCCGCAGGCAUCCGGCGCUAUAAGCCUCCUCGCUCAUAAAAUUCUUAAUCGACAAAAAACGAGGGAUCCGGUUUCCCUUUCUCCGGUUACUGUAGUUGCCGCAAUACGCCGCCGCCGUACAGUGGAAUGGCCGGUGGAAUUUGGAAACAAUGACCUUCCGCUCCGUUCGGCCGCUCUUCCGGCUAAAAUGGUCUCAAAAAUAAUUGGAAAUCCCAUUUCCAAUGGAUCGGCACGGAUUAUUUGGUUUGCAUCGGAGACAAAAACUAUGCCUCGAGGCGGAGUUAAUUUGACAAGACAGCGAGAAGCGGUCACCCGGAAUUGGAAUGGACGCAGCAUGGCCUCGGGGCAUAUUGACCUCCAUUUCACGCCUCCUAAGCGCCGUGCGAGGGCUUUAUGCAAAUGCGAGAAACAGCGGGGAUUUCGGAGGGAAUGA